AUGAGUCAUACUAACAGCAAUGUUUUUGCAUCUCUUCCACUGGGCGAGCACGAUAUUCGCCUGUUAAAUAUCAUUUCGGAUUACGACUCAGAGCUGAUUCACUGUGAGCUUCACAACGAGUGUCUUGAUUUAAAGGCACCGAAGAGCAGAUUACCACACUACAAUGCCUUAUCCUACAUGUGGGGCAGCGCUGAAUGUGAGAAAACCACUUACAUUAACGGAUUACGGCUCAAGAUUCGUAUGAAUCUUUGGGAAUUUCUACGCCGUUACCAAUAUGACAAUAUCAGCACACCCAUCUGGAUCGAUGCGCUCUGCAUCGACCAGGGCUCCAUCGAGGAGCGUAAUCAUCAAGUCCAGAGGAUGGGCAUCAUAUACAAGCAUGCCAGAAGGGUCCUGGUAUGGCUUGGUGCAGAGAAGCUCUGUAAUCCUCUGGCUCUGGAAGUGCCGUCCGAACUUAAAAACAGGAGGAAACCCAGCCCUAAACGAGCGAGGCGCAGGCGUAGCACAUGGAUUCCCGCCUGGCGAAUGCCGAUGGACAUCCCUGAGUUGCAGGAGAUUCGCAUUUCUCCACUAAGUGUGGAAGCAAACGACAGCGACUGGGAACCUUAUCGGCAAACGAUCCGUCGCGUGGCGCACUGUAAUACUGGUCUCGAUCACGGAUCAUUCAAGAGAUUCUCCUCGGGCAUGAGGUUGUGA